GGGCCGGAGGAACCGCCCCGCGCGGCCCUGACCGCCGCCGUGCCUUGCCUUGCCUUGCAGCGCCCACAAGCGCUUCUCCGAGCUGCUGCCCAAGGAGGCGCGCGGCCAGGCCUUGCAGACGCGGAUCCCCAGGAGCAGCCUCCUGACGCUGCCCGAGCUGCGGGCGAACCCCUUCCGGAACAGGAUCUGCCGCAUCUUCUCCACAGCAGAGAAUGGGGAAGACGACAUGUCUUUUGAAGAUUUUCUUGACAUGCUGAGUGUCUUUAGCGACUCGGCUACCCUGGAAAUCAAAUCACAUUAUGCCUUCCGCAUCUUCGAUUUUGAUGAUGAUGGCACUCUAGAUAAGAAGGAUUUGGAGAAGCUGGUAAACUCCCUGACAGGUGAAGGAGAAGACAGCAGGCUGAGUGCAUUAGAGAUGGACCAGCUCAUUCAGAAUAUCUUAGAGGAAUCUGAUAUUGAUAAAGAUGGGACCAUCAACCUCUCUGAGUUCCAACAUAUAAUUUCCCGCUCUCCAGACUUCACCAGUUCCUUCAAGAUUGUGCUCUGAUUCUUUCCAUGUUUUCCCUUCUCCUCCCUCACUAGAAGAUCUCUCGUAAGACAGAGGAACUCGUACCUACCAGUCAUGCAGUAAACAUACCUAGGCCCUAUCUGGCUCUUACAGCCAGUUAAAACAUGGCCUUGCAGUCAUGCCCAUCAGCUGGUGCUCCUAUAGGGAGGAGCGGGACAAGAAAACUGGAAGCUGUGGCUGAUGCUCUUUGCUCCUGCUUCACCUUGGGGUUCUGUGUGGUGGCUUGGGGUUACUACAGAUCAAAGAUCAAAACAAGAGCAAAUUGUUGUGGGACUUCUGUGCUGCUUCUGAGUCUUGCUGUCACCCCUGGCUCUUUCUGGCGGCCUGCUUGGAGCUUGCUCAGAGCAGCUGACCCUCUUCCCAGUUAAACUGUGCUGAGCAUAUUGUGAGUUCUGAAUCACUGGACCGUUUCUCUUGCUUUAUGAGGGGUGGGGGGAGAGCACACCUGUGACCCAGUCUCUUGAGCUUUAUAAAUACAGAAUUGACAUGAUUUUGUCUGACUUCUACGCUUUUGCUAAAUAAAAUUCAGUGAGUGGAA